AUGCCGAAGAGCUCGAAGAAAAGAAAGGAAAAGGCCGCAGACUUUGCCAAAGCGAAGCUCAAACUAGGCAAGGGCAAACAAACUCCCAACAAUGCGUUGGAUACCUCUUUCAAAGCGAGAUCCAUUGCGCUUCCUACGCAGAGCAUUGCUCUAGACAAGGAUGGAGACGUUCCUAUGACCAAAAGGAAACUCACAUUCGACACGCUAGCCAUGCAGCUGAAGCACUACAACGCUACCACUCGAAAAGGCUCGUACCCCUCAGAAGCGCCUGAAUUUCUCUUAGAUGCUGUUCUUGGGCUACGCGAACUGCUAGAGGGCCAUCCUGAGCUGAUAGCGACCCACUUGACCAUACUCAUCAACAGCUGCGUCAAACUCGUCGGUGAUGAGGACUCUAGUGUCAGGAAAACGCUUUUGUCGUUCUUCUCUUGGCUUUUCAGUCAAUUACCUCAGGACGAUUUGAUUCCGCACUCCGCAGUUCUCCUUCUUUUCACUACUUCCGCGCAAACACACAUUUUCCCGGAGAUACGCAUCGACGCCAUCCGUUUCCUUGACGUCUGCCUCGAGCAUAUACCAGAAGUUGUCACCGAGGGCUGGAUGCGAAUGGGCAGCUCAAGUCAUGGUCGACGAGUGUUAGAAGGAUAUCUAGGUAUCCUCAACGCUGGUACGAUUUUUGGGGAGGGCGGAGCAGACACAGGCCCCAUCCAAGCGACUUCCACCGCGAGUGUGGUUCUCUCAUCAGCCUCAAAAUUGGUUGUUUUGAGAUCGCUUGCAUCCUUCUUGUCACACGCACUCCGUUCAUUCUGGAUCUCAAGGGAUUUCGCAGAGUCCUCGUCGGCCACCGUCACUCCGACUUGGUAUCUUGCUUCAGCGUUCUCGUCAAGACGAGCCUUCGAGGCUUUUGAUGCGCUUCUGCGUCCACACGAAACUACAACCUCGUCUAGACAAUGGACUGAAGAAGCCCAGGAAGAGAGCGCAGACGACUUCGUUGGUAACUUCAACGACGCACUUGCUACAGGUCCGCUGGCCUGGUCACUGAAUGAUUUGGAGGAUGUCGACGUCACCAUGUCUACGCUCGCUGGAGAUGACUCGGCGCAGGUCACAGAUGAAGACGCCGAGGUUGUAUGCGUCGCGAGACUCGCACGCACGCUGCAAUCGACGUUGGUCUCCACCUUCUUGGAUUGCGCUCCCGCGGUGUUCUCUCCGAGCUCGAGCCCUUCAGAAGUAGAAGUGCAGAUGGUGUUGGUCAUUUGUCGAAUAUUGCGAAGCCUGUAUGGCAGGAUAUUGGAGGACUCUGCACAAUCCGGAACCCGCCACGAAAGAGCCGAGAACGACCUCCAAACAUUACUGUACCACUUCGGCCCCUACUUUCCAUUCACCGUCACCAACCACCCGAGUAUCCGGAGAGACGUCAAAAUCGAGCAAGCCUUCCAGGACCUCAAUCUCAUCUACUGCGAGCUCUCUUCCUUCCUCGUCUUGGCGUCUCAACGCGAAACCACCGCCACAACUUUCCCAAGCCACCGUGGAAAACGCGUGGCUGGCGCCCCCGCCGCUGCGGCCCAGGGACGGCAGAUAGAAAGAGUCAGCGCUCACGUCAUGCAGCUGCUCCGAGGACAAGCUGUCGACGGAAACGGCAGCACGAAUGGUGCCCUGCCGCGUCCGAUCUCUGCACAGGCAUACGUCGCCCUGUUGCCCACUGUGUGGUCUCUCGUCAACUCGCGGAUCGCAGAGGGCACAGCGUCCUCGUCCGUGUUCUCGGCGAUCGUCGAUCACGCUAUCAGAACGUCUUCCACCUCCGCCGUCAAGAGGCAUACAAUCGACUUUGUGGGACGACUUGUUUUGCUUGAUGGCGAGCCCGAGUAUGUGGGAUCUCUCAGAUUAGGCCGGAAUUUAGUGCAGGACGCCAAGCUAGAGGAGUGGAUCACGCAGCUUCCGAGAACGCUGUGGGAGCUCGGCGGCAACAACCCCACGACUACCGAGGUGAUUGCUCGGUUCCUCUUGCGUCUCUCUCAGCGGGGUUCACCGCUCCUCCGACCAACCGUGAGCACCGCGAUGCGGUCGCGCCUGACGCCGUACUUCUCUGUCAUGCAUCCGACAAAGGGGAAAAUGUCCGGCCCGUUCGCCAAGCUACCUGCGACUUCUGCUGCACGACGUCUUAUUCUCGACCUCGUAACUACUAUCGUUGGCCCACCAAGUCCCGCAGAUACCGAUGACCUCCGGUCCACCGCGGCUGACGCGGUGCAAGGCACAGCGGACUGGGACUACUGGACAGGUAUAUCUCGGCGGAUGGGCCGAGCUCAUUAG